GUAACUAAAGCCAAACCCUACAACUACUGUGGGUUAAUAGUUUGUUUCAUUUUUCAGAAUUUGAUUUUUGGUUAUUAUGGUUGUUGUUGUUGUAGGAGUUAUUACCGCUGCACGAGUGCGUCUUGUGGUGUUAAGAAGCGCGUUGAACGAUCUUGUGAUGAUCCGACGAUUGUUGUGACUACAUAUGAAGGGAAACAUACACAUCCAAGUGCUGUUAUGCCUCGAGGAAGUGCUUCAGCUGCUGGGUUUCUGCAAUCAGAGAUUGGAUGUGGUUUUGGUUCGUCUAUCGGUGGUGUGCCAAUGCAAAUGACACGAAGCCAUCUAUACCCACACCACCAACAACAAGUACCACCGUAUUCUCGUAACUUGUCACCGUUGAAUUUUGGUAGUGAUGCUACUGCUACGGCUAACUGUGUUACAAAUGCUAGUAUGGGCGUUGUGAAUUUAUCUGAGGGCCGUCGGUUUUGCACCUCAGCGUCGCCACCAAAUACUACUGCUUCGUCC